AUGAAUAGAAAAGUCAAAGUAAAAACAGCCAACUUUUGAAAAAGUUGUUAAACUUACAAACAAACUUUAAAAUUACUUGCUUUUUGAAAUUUUGACGAUAAAUUUAUUAUUUUAUAAACAACAAAUUAGAGGGUAAUUACUAAGAUGGACCAGUCUUACUCAGAGGAAGAUGUUUCGUUAUCUCCUUCUCAAAUUUUGGAACGAUUGCAAAUGCUAAGACAGUGGCAAUUAUUACAACGAGGACAACUACAAAAACAACAAUUACAGUAUCAUGAAACAUCUGAAAUUACUUCAAGCUUUACGGAAUUAGUAAGUCACUUUAGUAAUAGUACCAGUUACAAUACAUUUCGUACUUUGUUGCAAUCUGCACAAGAAAGUGCGGACGAGAUAUCUCCCCGACUAAGUGCAAACAAUAUAAUAUCAAGGAAGAGUAAUUUGCAAAAUGUUAUAGACGGUGUCUCCGUGCUAAAUUUAUCUGGAGAGUCUAUCACAAACUCACCCAUUUCAUCCAGGAGUACAGCAUCAGUAAAGCAAGACAGUAGUAAUCAGCAAUCAGCACAAGUUUGUACACAUACAUUAUCAAAAAAACAAAUAUCCUUAGAUGAUAUGCCAAUACUUUCUCCAAAAAAAGAUUUUGAAACUCUGAUUUCAGAAAAACUUAAGCAUGAAACUGCAGCAAAUGUUAAUGCUAAUCCUAAAAAAAUACAAAACAAUGUUAAACCAUUUCUAAAAAAAGGACAGGGGACAGCGCGUUUUGGUCUAAGGAAGAAUGAUUUUAAAAUACAGAACACAACAUCUUUGCCAUGGAGAAAAAAAGGUUUGGCUACAGAGCCACAAAAAAUAAACAUGAAAAGUAAAAGUAUUGAAUCAAAAGAAAAUACACAAAGUGCUAAGAUUCAGGUACAAAUAGUAGUAGAUAAACCUAAAGACGUUUCUCCGUUAAAAAUCACUAGUCUUCCACAGUUAAAGAAACCACAUGUAAAAAUAAAUUCAUUAGGUAUGAGUGACUGUAAUGAGAAACACACUUUAAAUAAACAAAUUGACAAUAUUUCAGAGACAAAUUCCAAUAUAGUGUCUGAAAAUCAUUCUGCUCGUAUUAUUAAUUAUCCCAAAGAAAAACAUCCAUUAGCUACUAGUAAAGAAAAAACAUGGGCAGCUGUGUUUACUAAAGAGCAAGAUGACUUUUUAAGAAAGUUAAAGCAGAGUGAAUACUACAAGAAUUUUGCUUCUCCUGCUAAGAGUACAGUUUCUGAUGUAAGUUGUGAUGAGCAGCUGUUGAACAUAAGACAACAGAAAGAAGAAACAGAACAGAACAUGUUUGAACUGAUAGAAAACAAAGUAUCCCAUGAAAGUUUUGCUAUGGAUAACUCUUUCUUUAGCCGUUUUAUAAGAAAACAUGACUUGGAAUGUUCUGGUGAAAGUACACCACUAGUCUUGCAGAAAUGUUUAUCCAAAAAUCCAAACUUAAUGCAUAUCCUGCCUGAUGUAAUGCAUGGAAAGAAAAAUGAUGAAACCUGCAGUGAUGCAGGAACUUGUGACAGUGAUUACACUGAGUGCAGUGAAAACUGUUCCUCUGCAUCCAGCUGUUGUUCCUGUAAAACAGUUACUGAAAGUAAUUUAAAUACACCUUGCAACAAAGAAGAUGAAACUAAAGAAAGAGUUCCAAAGAAAAUAGUUCAAACAUCUAAGAAGUUUAUGGAUGAUAAACAAAAAGAUGAUGUACAAUGUCACAAUGACAGUGUAACAGCUACAAAUGAAGCGAUGAAUGCUAACAUUGCAGAAAUGAAUUCUAAAUUAAUAGCCACCAGUGAGCUUUUAAAGGAUAGACUAAGAGAAUUGGAGGAUGAAAUUGAAACCUUUAGGAAAGAAAAUGCAAAUUUGAAUAAAAUGCGUGAGGAGAUUGACCUUGAGCGUCAAAAGUUUUAUGAAGAGAAAACUGCAUUUGAACAAAAGUUCAAUGAAGAAAAAGUUCUGUCAGAAUAUUACUUAGCGGAAGAAAAAGAAAAGCUUGGUAAACAAAAACAGAUGUAUGAGAGGUAUGUUAGAGAAAUGAGAGGUCGUCUUAGUAAAAAAGAAAAAGAUGAAGUUGUAAACUUGAAAAAAGAAAUACAUGACCUUAAAGAAGAAAUAAAAUUAAAAGAUGCGAAAUCCACAUCUUUAAUUGCACGUCUUCGUAACCAAAUCAAAAUAAUGGAGAAGGAUAAGAAAAAUUUAGAAGAUGAAGUUGAGAAAUUAAAAAAAGAAAAUAGAAGAAUUCAGCAUAGUAAUGAAAUUACCAGAAGACUAACUAACCUUAAAUAUUUAGAACAGAUUAAUAAGAAGCUUUCCAAUAUGGCUACAAAAGAUACUGAAUCAGAGGUGAAAUUAGAUCCAGAUGUUAAAUAUCGCUCCUAUGAAAUUGAAAGACAAAGUAGAAGUAGAAAAUGUCAACCAGCUACAAAGGGUGCCCCUAAAAAGAGAGCUAAAAGCGUUCCUAAUUUGAAAGUAACUUCUCGAUAUGCAAAAUAUUUCAGCCAAAAAGACUCACUGAGUGAAAAAGACAAAAAUAAAACAACAAAUGGUGAACUUCAAAUGUCCCCAUGUUCUUAUGAAGAUGACAUGUCAACUAGUGAUAAUGAACUUAAUUUAGACUUAUCCAAUAUAAAUAGAAGUAAUUCAGACAGUGAAGAUGAAAACAAUUUAGAGAAAAUAUAUAAUGACAGAUUUAAAUCACCAUCCCCAAACAGUAAAAGAGCUAGCACAUCAACUUCUGACAACAGUCCAGAGUUUUCGAGUAGUAAGACAGAUGGUAAGGACUUUUUUAUUCAAAAACCUGGUAGAAAGACAACACAAAACUCUUCAAGUAAACGGUUGUCUCCACAUGAAAGGACAUCUUACCAUAUGAGUUCGAGUGCAUCCAACUCAUCUAAUCUAAGUAAAAGAAUGUCAAAUGAUCAUCAAAAUCCAAACAUUUUAAAACAUCAAGACUAUGCAUCAGAUUCUCACAUGAGUUCAAAUCAGAGAACCAGAUCACCUGUUACCAUCCUUAGCAAUCAUUCCUCGAGUAAAAAACCUGGUUCAGUUAUAAAUAAAGAGUUAUUGCCAGAUACCAGGAUGAUUCCAAGUCCCGAACCAACAUCAAGUAAAACAAGCUUACCAAGAACUAAUUUAAAUCCAAUAGAAAUAAGAAAGCCUGAUGGUACAAAAGAACUGAAAUUCCCAAAUGGCAAUGUCAAGUUGAUAUCAGCAGAUGGCAAAUACAGCAAGUUUAUUUAUUACAAUGGUGAUAUAAAAGAAAAUUUUUAUAAUGAAGGCAGGAUUAAGUAUUAUUAUGCUGAGACAAAAACAUUUCAUACAACACAUCCUGACGGAUUGGAAGUUUUAGAGUUUCCUGAUGGCCAAGUAGAAAAACGUUAUAAAGAUGGCUCAUCAGAAAUUAGACUGCCCAAUGGUAGCGUGCGAUACUUUGACCCAAAGAACGACCACGUCCGUGAAGAAUGGCGAUUUCCCGACGGCGCUGCACUGACUGUGUCAGCAAGUGGCGAACAAAGAAUCAUGUUUCCCAAUGGCCAAGUGGAAGUUCACGCGAAAGAUCAUAAGCGACGCGAAUUUCCCGAUGGCACAAUCAAGCUUGUCUACAACGAUGGUACUUCGGAAACUCGAUACGCAUCUGGUCGCGUUAGGAUUAAAGAUAAACAUGGCAAUCUGAUAAUGGAUUCUUCCGCAUCUUGAUGACCAGUGUCUGCGGUAGACAUGAACCUUACAUGACAAUUCAAUUUAACUGCGCUGUACUGUGAGUGUAUGAUCAUCAUUUCUGUAUACGCAGUUAAAGCUUUCAUAGACAAUGACGGCAAGAUGGUGCAGUAUCCUUUAAGAAGGAGGUUGCAUUUAUUUUGCACAUAGAUUUCAAAAAUCGAAACACUAACUUGAAAGUAAAAUAGACCUAAACUCCCUUAUUUUAAGGUUUGAGUUUGCCUAUACAGCUGCACUAGUAUCUACACAUCCGAGCGGAAACGUAAUGAAUUAAAAUCGUUGAUACUGAA